CAAACCCUUCCCAAGCUGCCCAAGGUGUGGCAGGCCAGGUCAAGUUCCUGAAUCUCAACCAGGCCCCGCUGACUGUUACUAUCGAUGGGAGACCUGAUGUGUCUGUACCAGCUCACCAGGUGAAUACUGGGGGCUACUUGACGUUUGACAAACCAGUCAGAGUCGUGUUCAACAAGAACACGUCAGCGGGGACGGAUCUGACCUUAAUGUCCCAGACCCGACGCACAGCCCUGGUUUCUCCAACCCUGGAUAUGAACUUGGUUUACGACUUGAGCAAGAAGCCCGAUGACGGCAUGAACGCCAUCAGAUUUGUGAAUGCUUUGGGCAGUCCGUUGAAUGUUACGUUGGGAGUCGGUGACAUCGCUCCUCUGUCUGUCUCCAACUACAGUCUGGUUCCACAGGGAAAGGCGGAGUUUACCAUCAUGAACAGAGGUGGUGCAUCGUGUCUGUACUCUAAAGAGCUGGGCUUUGGCAGCGCCUUCACCCUCGUCAUACCAUCCACAUUCAACAUUGGAAGCCCUGAUUGUUGGCAGGCCAUCCAGGUGGUAGAAGACAUCAAGCCCAACACCAUCCACAUGGGCUGGCAGAUCCCUCAGUACUUCCUCAUGACAGCAGGAGAGGUGGUGUUCUCUGUGACUGGCCUGGAGUUCUCCUACUCGCAGGCGCCUAGCAACAUGAAGUCGGUGCUGCAGGCUGGUUGGCUGUUCACCGUCGCCGUGGGAAACAUCAUAGUGCUGAUUGUUGCCGAGGCAGCACAGCUCCCAGAUCAGUGGGCAGAAUACAUCCUGUUUGCCUCUCUCCUUGUGGUGGUGUGUAUUGUGUUCGCCGUCAUGUCCUACUUCUACACCUACACUGACCCAGCGGAGAUCGAGGCCCAGUUCCGCCAGCCGGAACACGAGCCGGAGGAGAAGAAGAGAGAUCGGGUUGAGAUGGAGAGAAAGGACUCAGACUGCAGCAAGAGCAGCAAGGGUUCUGACAAGAAGAAGAGGGAUUCUGUUGUUGAGCAGCAUAACCAAGACGUCAAACAGAGCAAGAUGUAAAACUCCCCAUUCACACCACCUCCUCCUCCUGAACCAAUCAGAACAGGUCUCAGAGAGAGAACCAUUGGAACUUAAUCUUAUGAACAUGAAUCUUUACAGCUUUAUGGGUAAAUUUUUUACUACGAUUUAUUUUGCACCAUGUAGCAAAAGCAACAUUAUGAAUGUAUUUUUGCUCAUCAUAAUUUAUUCGAAAGAGGACAUACUGUAUGAAUGACCAUUCCUAUUCAUUUCCCAGUACAGUGUUUUGUGUACUGAAUAUGUAGUUGUUUUGGGUUUGAUGUUGCCAGGGACUCUUGGUAUUAAUUCCACACCAAGUGAGUCCCUGGCAGUCAAGUGCUUCAAUAAAGAGGAUGAGUCUAA